AUGAUUGAUACACAUCUAUUAAGUUGCAUCACUGCAACUCUUAUACCAUCGAUUUAUGCAUCUGUUCUGCAAUUUCAUCACUGUUUAGAGGUAUGGGCAUUUCUGCAAAAGAGAUUUACGACUUUAUCUCGUUCGCAUGUUCAUCAAUUGAAAAAUAAACUGAAUAGUGUUGCUAAGAAAUCAGAUACAAUGGAAGAAUAUUUGUCCAAAAUCAAGGUCAUAGUUAGUCAAUUAGCUUUGGCCUCUGUUAUCAUUGAUGAUAAGGAUCUGGUCCUCAUUACUCUAAAUGGUCUUCCUUUAGAGUAUGAUGAUUUUUCCACCACUGUUCUAUCUCAAAAGAAGUAUGCUCAGGAUAUUAUUCUUAAAGCUAGUAUGUUGGAUUGCAAAGCUUGCUCAUCUCCUAUCUUUGUCAAGCCUGGUCUGCCUGCACAUUCAAAUGAGCCCUUUGCUAAUCCAUCUGUCUAUAGAAACAUAGUUGGAGCCUUACAAUAUUUGACAAUUACUAGACCUGAUAUCUCAUUUGCUGUGAAUCAAUUAUGUCAACAUAUGUAUAAUCCCACUGUUGGUCACUAUGUUGGUAUAAAGAGGUUGCUUAGGUUCAUUAAGGGCACCAUUUCUCAUGGUCUUACCUAUAACCCCAGCUCAUUUGAUCUUCAUGCUUAUUCCGAUUCCAAUUGGGCUAGAGAUUCUGUUGACAGAAAAUCUACCUCAGGGUAUUGUGUAUUUUUAGGAUCCAAUCUCAUUUCUUGGUCAUCUAAAAAACAAGCCACUAUCUCUCGAUCCUCUGCUGAAGCAGAGUACAGAUCUUUAGCUCAUACAAUAGCAAAGCUUGCUUGGCUUGGUAUGUUGCUUUAG